AUGGUAGCGCUUCUUCUACUAUUCCUGACUCUGCCUGUCGCAGUUUUCACAAAAGACGUGAAAUGUCCAGAUGGCUUCUUACACUUCAAACGGACACCCACUGCAAAGAAUAACCAUACAAAGAACUGGUGCAUGAAAGUGAGUGUCUAUGAGAAUGUGGGAAACCGAGAUAAUGCUAGAAGUGUCUGCUUGGCCGACAACGCUACAUUGACAAUCCCAGAAAAUCGAGAGGAGUAUGAAGCAAUUUCUGCAUUCAUCAGAAAAGCCAACAUUUCGGCGCCACAUGCCAUCGAUGGGCAAAUUUCACAGAGAUGCAAGCUGAAAAUCUUUAGGCAUGAACGUCUCUGGUUGAAAAUCAAUACCACAGCAUGGCCAGGUGAUUGCAAUAUUAAGAAGAAUCUUUUCUCCUUUGACGACGUCAACACUGACACCACUUUUGCCCUGACCCAAUUCGUAUGGCAUAUCCCUAAUGGACAUGGAUCUUCCCGAAACAAUAAGGAUCCAGAGUUGUUUUGGAUGGACGAGUGUAUGAAAAUGACUGGGACAAAGUACACUGGAGAUAGGACUGGUAUGCCAUUUGUUGAUUUGUCGGGGUGCAUGGGAGCAAAGGACCUACGAAGUAAAAACGCUACUGGUGGAACACGCCUUGCGAUCGCAUCACUUGAAACAACAACAGAACUCCGCUUCUGCUGCAACCGUCGAUGUGACAUUUUAAUGAUAGCACCCACCGGAAACUAUAAGCUAUAA